AUGGGUCCAGGUGGUCGAUGGGACACGUUGGACGAUCAUUUCAGAGACUGGAAUUGGAAGAAGGUCGUCAACUUAGGGGCGAGCUUGCUAUGGAAGAUGAAAGAAGCAAUGCAGGAGAAGGUGGCCUUCCAUGUGGCCUUCGAAGAACUCGAUGCUGCCAUUACCAAAGAACAUCGCGUAGCCUGGACGGCAGAGGUAGAAAGGUGGGAGGAUAAUCCCAAUGACACAUGUGUGCCAAAUCCAUUUGAGGCUAAAUCAAUAGCAAUCAUGCAGGCUGGUGCACGCCUGAAACUAGCGCAACUGGAGGCAAAGGAGCUGGAAAGGGGGGCAGAUGUACCGCUGCACCCGGAGGUCUCACCGAGUGUCUUCAUAGGAUUGGGUCUGGAUUUAAAAGAAGAGCAAUGGCAUGUCACUAGGUUCAUGAAGGGUCUGGGUAACCAUGUCACAGAUACCCAGAAAGGAAACCUGCAAUGUCAGAGGAACACUUUACAUCGCAAAAUCGAGUCAUGGCGGAUCAUGCAAGCGCUAUACAUGCCUAUCAUGCAUGGCACACUCUCUACUUCAAUAUCACCAUCCUCUGAUUUAGGGAUCGAUAAUGCGGAGGACUUGAGGCUUUUUCUCCCUUCUGCUAUCGGCAAUUGUCCAUGCCACGACCGCCUGCAACUCUACGAAUGGGAACUACGCCUGGCUCAGGCACAUGACGCGCUGGAAGAACUCAGGCAAUGUCUGCAGAUACGCUCAUCACUCUUGACAUACAAGAAGGACUGGGUCUGCGGGCAGGGUGCGAACACAAGGGCUCAAAAUGCCUUGGAACGUGUUACUGGAAGACAAGCAGCCUGUACAGCAAGGUACCAUGCUUCAUGGGACGCACUGAAUGUCCUGGCAGGAGAGCUUGGAAAAGUGGGGUGGCAAGGAGGACUUUGGCCACUGGAGCCCAACAAUAUAUGA